AUGGUCUACCUCCCUGCAACACGGCAUCUCAACGGCGUCCGCCUCCUCGCUCUCGAUGGCGGCGGCGUCCGAGGCGUAGCAUCCCUCAUCGUCCUCAAAGAAAUCAUGAAGAGAGUCCAGCAACGGAAGGGUCUCAAAGAAGAAUGUCGCCCUGCAGACUAUUUUGAACUGGCCGCAGGCACGAGUACUGGUGGCAUCAUUGGCAUCAUGCUGUUUCGGCUUCGCAUGACAGCUUCAGACGCCAUUGAUCAGUACGACAUUAUCUCCAAGGAGGUGUUUAGCCCCAAAAUCUAUGGGUGGAACAUCACUCGCGUGAUGCCCAACUCGCUUGCUUCUUGGAUCAACAACAGCAAGACGCUGGUUCAGAGCAGUAGAUUCGACGACGCAUCGUUGAAAAAGGCCAUUGACAAGGUUGUUGCCAAGUAUGGUCUGGAUGAAGAGGACAGGAGGUUGAAGGGCGAUGCGCCAUUGAUGCAUCCCAAUGCCGGCAGGAUGUUUGUCUGCACAACAGCGCAAAACAGAGCUGAAACGGUCUUGUUGAGAUCAUACAAGGACAACACCAUCCACGUCCAAUCCAAAGUCAACGACGUCAUGCGAGACCAUUCAGACAAAAUCACAAUCAGUCUGGCUACGCGCGCAACCUCUGCCGCACCAACAUACUUCCCCGAAGUGAAGUGGCCCGAAAACGACCCCAAGCUGACCUUUUGGGACGGUGGCCUGCUCAACAACAACCCCAUCGACCAGCUGUGGUACUCAAGAUACGAGCUCGUCCAGCCAAACGAGCCUGCUCCCGCCAUAUCGUGCGUCAUCAGCCUGGGUACCGGCUACGUUAAGCCCGAUUCACCAUCUGAAUCAUGGUUCCAGCUCGCAGGAGUGGCAUCUUCAGUCAUGGGCUUUGCUACCAACACAAACGCAAAGGGCAAGGACUUUUCACGACACAUGACGGCCUUGAACAACCGGUCUGAACAUUCUCAGACGAGAUACGUUAGAUUGAACCCGUCGCUUGGUAAAAGCGAGAUUGGGCUGGCGGAUUACACCAAGAUGGAGGAGCUGAAGCAGUUGGCGACUGCGUAUAUUGAGGAGGAGAAGAACCAGCUGUGGAUUAACAAGGCCGUGGCUGCGGUGUGUGACGAAUGA